AUGGCCGCUUCUCCGUCGGUUACACUUCAAAACCAGCCCGCGAGACGAGAACCGCCGGACCGGGCGCCCGCGAGACGAGAACCGCCGGACCGGGCGCCCGCGAGCCGAGAACCGCCGGACCGGGCGCCCGCGAGACGCGAACCGCCGGACCGGGCGCCCGCGAGACGAGAACCGCCGGACCGGGCGCCCGCGAGACGAGAACCGCCGGACCGGGCGCCCGCGAGACGCGAGACGCCGGACCGGGCGCCCGCGAGACGAGAACCGCCGGACCGAGUGCCCGCGAGAAGAGAACCGCCAGACCGGGCGCCCUCGAGACGCGAACCGCCAGACCGGGCGCCCCCGAGACGCGAACCGCCGGACCGAGUGCCCACGAGACGAGAACCGCCGGACCGGGCGCCCCCGAGACGCGAGACGCCAGACCAAGUGCCCGCGAGAAGAGAACCGCCAGACCGGGCGCCCCCGAGACGCGAGACGCCAGACCAAGUGCCCGCGAGACGAAAACCGCCGGACCGGGAGUCCCCGAGACGAGAACCGCCGGACCGGGCGCCCCCGAGACGCGAACUGCCGGACCGGGAGUCCCCGAGACGAGAACCGCCGGACCGGGAGUCCCCGAGACGAGAACCGCCGGACCGGGAGUCCCCGAGACGCGAACCGCCGGACCGGGCGCCCCCGAGACGCGAACCGCUGGACCGUGUGCCCACGAGCCGAGAACCGCCGGACCGGGAGUCCCCGAGACGCGAAACGCUGGACCGGGCGCCCCCGAGACGCGAGACGCCGGACCAAGUGCCCGCGAGACGAGAACCGCCGGACCGGGAGUCCCCGAGACGAGAACCGCCGGACCGGGCGCCCCCGAGACGCGAACUGCUGGACCGGGAGUCCCCGAGACGAGAACCGCCGGACCGGGCGCCCCCGAGACGCGAACCGCCGGACCGGGCGCCCCCGAGACGCGAACCGCCGGACCGGGCGCCCCCGAGACGCGAGACGCUGGACCGGGCGCCCCCGAGACGCGAACUGCCGGACUGGGCGCCCCCGAGACGCGAGACGCUGGACUGGGCGCCCCCGAGACGCGAGACGCUGGACCGGGCGCCCCCGAUACGAGAACUGCCGGACCGAGUGCCCGCGAGAAGAGAACCGCCGGACCAGGCGCCCCCGAGACGCGAGACGCCGGACCAGGCGCCCCCGAGACGCGAGACGCCGGACCAAGUGCCCGCGAGACGAGAACCGCCGGACCGGGAGUCCCCGAGACGAGAACCGCCGGACCGGGCGCCCCCGAGACGAGAACCGCCGGACCGGGCGCCCCCGAGACGCGAACCGCCGGACCGGGAGUCCCCGAGACGCGAACCGCCGGACCGGGAGUCCCCGAGACGCGAACCGCCGGACCGGGCGCCCCCGAGACGCGAACCGCCGGACCGGGCGCCCCCGAGACGCGAACCGCCGGACCGGGCGCCCCCGAGACGCGAGCCGCUGCGGGUUCAGAGCCGCAGGGACUCUGAGAGACUAUUGCUCGAGCCCUUGUGGUCUUAUUUUGCCAGAGGAUAA